AUGGGAUGCACACCUAAAGACUGUCGAAACUACAUUCUUCAACAACGCAGGAUGAGGACAUUGUCAUGCGAUGCUGCGGCAAUACAAAAAUUCUUCGCUUCAAUGCAGAUGAAGGACGAUGAAUUUUUUUAUGUAAUUGACACAGAUAAUGUUGGUAGACUUCGCAACGUAGUGUGGGUUCACACACAUUGCAAGUAUACAUAUUGGGAGUUUAGUGAUGUUAUUUGUUUCGAUUCAACGUACUUGGAGAAUCAAUGGCGCAUGCUGUUUGCAUCUCUUGUUGGUGUGAAUCAACACAAACAGUCUAUUCUUUUGGGCUGCGCUUUGCUCACAAGUGAGGAUAUUAAGACAUACAAAUUUGUUUUCUCUACUUGGCUGGCAGUAAUGGGCAAUGAACCUCCAACGGCUAUCCUCACUGAUCAAUGUGAGAGUAUCAAGGCAGCAAUUGCAGAGGUACUUCCAGACACCAUCUAUAGGUAUUGUAUUUGGCACAUCAUGACAAAGCUGCCUGCAAAGCUUAAGGGUGUGUGGGACUUUAAGAUUGCCAAGUUUGAAUUUAAAACAAUAAUCUAUAACAUCAUCACUAUCAACGAAUUUGAGAAAAAAUGGGUUGGCUUUAUUCAAAAAUAUGAGCUUCAGCAUAGACUAUGGUUUCUUAAUCUAUACUUGGAGAAGGAAAAAUGGAUCCCUGUCUUCUUGAAACAGUAUUUUUGGGCUGGCAUGAUGUCCACCCAAAGAAGUGAGUCAAUGCAUGCAUUUUUUUAUGGUUAUAUAUCCAAUCGAAGCUCUCUAAAGCAGUUCGUCGAGCAGUAUGAGUUAGCCUUGCGAUUUAAAUAUGAGAAGGAACUUCAAGCAGAAGCUGACUCACGAAAAAAACAUGCAGCACCUUGUAGUGGUUUUGAUUGGGAUUUGCAGCUUCAAACCCAUUAUACUCGACCUAUUUACGAUGCCUUUGCAGCAGAGCAUUUGAAGCGGUUGUACCACUGUGAAAUUGAAAGACACCAUGAUUUCAAUGUCGUGGAGGGAGUUGAGAAGUACAGUAUAACAGAUUAUUCCAUAUCUAAUGAUUUUCAUAGAAAUCGAUUUGUUUACAUUGUGGCAUAUCGGCCACAGAAUCGAUAUCUGGAUUGCAAUUGCAAGAAUUUCCAAAGUGAAGGUGUUGUUUGCUGCCACAUUUUAAAGACUAUGUCUCAUUGUAGAAUUAAAAUGUUCCAUGACAGAUAUAUUCUACGCCAGUGGAGAAGGGACGUAAUUCGACCACACAUAGGUAAAUUCUUUCAGGGAGGCUAUCCAUCAAUGAUCGAUGAGUACAAGAAGUACAAUUCCUUGAAUGAUAGGAAUUGUGAUGUUGUGUUGGACAACAACGCUAAAUAUGCGGAUUUUAAAAAUAUUUUGAAAGGACGUUUCAAUGCAUAUUGUAAUUGGAAUGACGAAAUAACAGUCCCUAACGUUGGUGAUCCAGACUCAGAAGAAGAUGUAACAUUCAUUAGGAACCCAAGGGAAGUUCGAACACGUGGAAGGCCUUCGACUAAUAGAUGUAGGAAAGGUGGUGGAAGGUGGAAUAAAAUAUAUUAUCAUGCAGAUCAAGUGGGUGAGACUAGUCAAGGUCGGAGGGGUGGUGGGAGACGGGGUGUAGGUCGAAGGGCUGGUAGAGGUGGUCGAGGCGGUGGUAUAAAGGCGUAG